AUGAUCGACGAUGUGGCCGCGUCUUUGGCGUCGAUAACAACAACGACCCUCGUCGCCGCCAGCGGUCUCGCCUCAUAUUCCGGCACGGCGCUUCCAACGCCCUCGGGUUCACAUACACUAUAUCAUCAUGGAUCAUCUUAUACAACCUCAACGCAGGAUUCGAAUGGAGAGGAAGGGGGAGAAUGCAAGUUGCUCGGUCCCUUCUCCGUGUUCGUACAGAUUGCUCUCGGCGGGCUCGCGCUGUUAUCACUCGUGUUCAAGAGAUGGAGAGAGCGGCCACAGCGCCCUGUGAAGGUGUGGGCGUUUGAUGUAUCGAAACAAGUUUUCGGAUCAAGCAUGCUUCAUAUGCUGAAUUUGCUUCUGUCGAUGUUCUCGGCGGGCCAGCUGGAGAUUCGGAAUUCAUAUAAGCCGAAUCCGUGCUCUUUCUAUCUACUCAAUCUCGGCAUCGAUACCACACUCGGAAUCCCCAUUCUGAUCCUUUUGCUUCGGGUCCUGAACUUCUUGGCUUCCUACACUGUUCUUGCAAACCCUCCCGAGUCAAUCGAGUCAGGAAACUAUGGACAUCCGCCACAUGCAACAUGGUGGCUCAAGCAGGCAAUUAUCUAUUUCAUGGGAUUGCUCGGCAUGAAGAUAUGCGUCUUCUUCUUGAUUCAAUUAUUGCCUUUCAUCAUCAAGAUCGGUGACUGGGCUCUGCAAUGGACAGAAGGGAACACAGCCGUCCAGAUCUUCUUUGUGAUGCUGCUCUUCCCUGUCAUCAUGAACGCCAUUCAAUAUUAUAUCAUCGACAUAUUCAUCAAGAAGCCAAUCUUCCCAUACACUGCAGAAGAUCUUAACGACGAUUCUGCCACGGGAGACGACGUUCAUCACCGGGAGGCUCUUCUUAACGGCCUAGAUGAGUCUUAUUCCACUGAUUCAGAUGAAGAAUCCCCGAGAAAGCCACAGAUUCCCCAUUCUAAUCCAAAGGACACAUCUGCUCUCCGUGAAUCAGAACAACUGCUUCCCGAAGAUCACUCUCCGGUGCCUCCAUAUGAGCCUCCUAGCUCGAGCAGUAGCCACGACGAGCAUGGCACCAAGCCCCGCUCAUCUCGCCAUUAA